AUGAAGGAUACAUUCGUAAUCUCCUCCAGCUAUAGCGUAAUUCUUUUCCCAGCCUCCUUCACCAAGGUUCCCGCUUCAGCGCGCGAUCCUACACCCACACAAGCCGUCCGCUACCUCCACACCCACGUACUCCCUCACCCCUAUCACCGCGCCAUUUUACACAACAACACCGUCGUGGGCUCGAUCUCAAUCACUCCCUGCUCCGACGAGGGGAAUAAGUGCAGAGCCUCGGUCGGAUACCGGUUGGCACAUGAUUACUGGGGGAAGGGGAUCGCGACGGUGGCGGUGAGGAUGGCGGUCGCCGAGGUGUUCGAGAGGUGGGAGGGGUUGGAGAGGGUGGAAGGGGUGGUUGAUGUGGAGAACAACGUUAGGAGUAUGAGAGUUUUGGAGAAGGCUGGGUUCUUGAGGGAGGGAGUUUUGAGGAGGUACUUGGUUUUGAAAGGGGAGGUCAGAGAUGUGGUUAUGUUCGGUCUUGUGCGUGCAGAUCUCCUGCAGGGUUAGAUCUGUGUUUAACCGAUGCAGAUGUUAUUAGGUUAAUUGCGGAUUGACUCCAUGUAGUAUCGCCCAAUUAUAGAUAGACCCGUCAUGUUCCGUUUGUAUAGAUUAGAUCCUUGUACUAUUUGUCCAAAUUAAUAUGGAAAGAUCCCCGUAGCGGAUUCUUAAUAAGAGUGGGAAAAAAAAUGUUCACUUUCA